CUUGAACAAAUAAAUAUUGUUAAAGGAAAAAAACUGAACCAUAAUUCCGAAAAUGUGUGGGGGGGUAUAAAUUCAUCGGCUUUUAGAGGUGAAUGUGCAGGCGCGCUAAACCACGUAAUAGUGAGCAUGAAGAAUCAGAAUUUCGAACAAGACACGAGGCUCUCUUCAAGCCAACUCUUUCUGCUGUUUUCUUUGUCAUUAGCUUUGUUUGAAGAUGUGUCAUCUGCACCCACCACGAAAUGUGAAAUAAAGGCUUCUUGUUCAGCGCCAGCCGGUUGCCAAAUCACCAAGGAAAUCACAGUUAAUCCAGGAGCAAAGAUACCAACCAACUGUGCCAUAACGGUGAGAGGAACGGAAAAAAUCCUGACCUGGCAGCAAGCAAAACAGCGAAUUGUUAGAAACACGGGCCCAUUAGAUUUGGUUCUACAUGAAGUGGGGGAAUCAAAUAAUGGGAAGUAUGUGUGCCAGUGCACCGCUGUACAUUUUACACGUGCUGUUGAUCUUCUUCGGGGAAGUAGUUCCCCCAAUAUUAUAUCAAAAGACAAAAAAUUGGAAUUGGAAUGCGUUUUCUCGGCUUGGCCUCUACCUGCUGUUGUCAACUGGUACAAGGAUAAACAGCCAGUCAUUGACAGGGCACGUUUACCGAUGAUGAACGGAACCAAAGGCAUUUAUCAAUCUCUGGAGAAGAUAUGGCUCAAUGAAAAAGAAGCGAUUCGUAGUGUCCUUCGUUUUCCAUCAGGAAGCGAGGAACACGAAGGAUUCUACACCUGCAUUUCAGCAAAUGGUAUUCAAGGCUGGUCCAGCAAUAUUUCCUACAUGGUGCAAUUGAUAUUUAUUUGUCCUCUACCCCAGGCUCCGACCACUUCAUCGUCCGUGGUCUCUGCAAGCAAGCUGUCUAACGUCAGCCUGACGUGUUUGAUUGAUAGCGACGAGAGUGGCUGCCCAGAUGACCUGUACUGGUAUAAAAACAACGACCGAGUUCCUUUGGCGAGCAGUAACAAGUACAACAUAGUAGUGAAACCCACGCACAGCAAAUGCAAGCAGGAAUUUAUCCUGACUAUUUUUAACGUCACCGAGGAGGACAAGGGAAAGUACAGCUGCCAUUGGAUGUGUGAGUAUGAGAAUACUACAAAAGCAUCCAUUGUCUUGAAAGUUUCCACUGGAUCAACAACAGGAAACCUUUAUUCAUCGUGACGGUCAGAAAUAACACGACAGCAAUAAAUCGGCGACGAAGAAAAAGUCGAAUAGAGAUUUUUAAUUGUGAUUAAGAACUUUUAGCCUUUUCCUUUUGCUAUCUUUAGUCAACUCAAUUUUAGAGUGGGGAAAAUAUCAAUUUAAUUAGUAGCUAAGCAAGCUUUCAAGCAGAAUUAAAAAUUUUCAGUUUAUUUUUGGUUAAGGAGUUGCAUUUACUGACUGACACUAAUCGUUAAUGAACUUCAUGUUUUCAUAAAAUAUUUAAAAGUUGGAACAAUAAUUUCUAAUGAUGAAAAAAAAAUUAUCCUAAUAAAUAUGUAUGAAGAGAGUAUGCAUUUGUACCCCUGGCGUUUAGGCAUAUUGGAAGGGAUACGAGCACAUGCAUGUCCCUUAGUCCUAUUAUAGCGCUGUAACUCUUCCGGACCUAUUAAAAAUUGCGUCAUGUUCGAUCUUUCUUUAUUCCCGUGAAGGAUUUGAAAGGAAAUAUCUCAUAAACAUGUGUUACAGUAGUGGAAUAAA